AUGGCUUUUACUGACAGCCCUGAAGACGAAGACGAAGACCUUGACCAGGCCCGCAUCAAGGUCGGGUCUCGCUCCAAAGUGGAUCAUAGUCACAUCCAGAGGCAUGCGGCAGAAGCCAGUAUGCGGCGAUAUCGAUCAUCAUCCGCUACUAAUUCCGUCCUCUCCGAAGUGCCAACUGCAGUGAAGAGAAAACGCAGGUCACUAGAUAUCACCGAGGCUUCGGAGAGAGUGACUUGGGAUACCUCCGAGUUCAGCGACGAUGAGAAUAAACUGCAGGAAAGACAAAAGCAGAGAAAGUCGGCAGCCAAGAAGAAUGCUCUGAAAUCUGCACGGAGAGCCAGGGCAAUCGAAAACGAAAUCAACCCUCGCCCUCGUCCAAGGGCCACCGGCGCAACUACUGGAGUUGGCAGACGAGCUACCAAGAGGAAACAGCCCAAAGUCAGAGGGUAUGGUAAUGAGUCCAACCCUGAUGAAGAUUUAAUGGAGUGGACAGUACCCGAAUAUGUUCGAACGCGACGAGCAAAAUUCGAUGAGCGCACUGAUAAACUCAAAGCCGGUGGACUGCAUCUUCCCCCUUCAUAUGAAGAUGUCUACUUUUCUGACGAUGAACGCCUGCAGCAUCUCGAAGAGCGACCAGAUUUCCCUCCAGAUACCGCUUGCAGCCCGUACAAGGAUAUUGAACUCCCUUAUUCUCUUGGUUUAAUACCUGCCUCUAUUGCUCAAUUCCUCAGGGACUAUCAAGUUGCCGGUACGGCCUUUUUGCACGAACUUUUUGUCUAUCAAAAGGGAGGUAUCCUCGGCGAUGACAUGGGCUUGGGAAAGACGGUUCAAGUCAUUGCAUUUCUCACUGCCGCUUACGGAAAGACUGGAGACGAGCGUGAUCAAAAAAGAAUGAGGAAGAUGCGAAAGGCUAGCAGGUGGUACCCAAGAACACUUGUCAUUUGUCCUGGCACUCUAAUGCAGAAUUGGAGAGACGAAUUUCAGCGCUGGGGCUGGUGGCAAACUGACCUCUAUCACGGCGGGAAGAGACGUGACGUCUUUGAGAUAGCUCAAGCUGGAAUGCUUGAGGUCAUGAUCACCACCUACCGCACCUAUUCUACAAACAAGGAGGAGAUCAAUAUGAUUCAGUGGGACUGCGUAGUGGCUGACGAAUGUCACAAUUUCAAAGAGAUGAAAUCCGACACCGCCAAAUCGAUCAACGCAGUCAAUGCACUUUGUCGUAUCGGUCUUACCGGUACCGCGAUCCAGAACAAAUACGAAGAAUUCUGGACCCUCCUCAAUUGGACCAAUCCCGGAAAGUUAGGUCCCGUCUCCACCUGGAAGACUCAAGUUUGUGAGCCGUUGAAGCUGGGUCAAAGUCACAGUGCCACCAAUUAUCAACUAGCCAGAGCCCGUAAAACUGCAACCAUGCUUAGGGACAAUCUGCUACCCCAGUUCUUCUUACGACGAACCAAAACAAUAAUACAGGAUCAAUUACCCAAGAAAUCUGAUCGUGUUGUCUUCUGUCCUUUGACCAGCACGCAGGCCCGAGCAUACCAGAACUUCCUUGAAAGUGACAUCGUUGAACACAUCAAGAAUAGUGGUGACAUCUGUGAGUGUGGAAGUAAGAAAAAGGCUGGUUGGUGUUGUCAUGCCAAUCUCGACGAUGGAACGCGAUGGCAAGAUUACGUCUUCCCGGCCAUAAAUAACCUCCAUCAUCUAUCAAACCAUAUAGGUCUCUUGAUCCCCAGUAGCAGUGCUACUCAGGAUAAACAGGCCAAAGACCUGGAAACACUUCAAAUUGCUAUGCCAGAAGAGUGGCGCGACAUCUUUCAAAGUCGAGACAGCAUACUACACACUGCUAAUCCUGAGUACUGUGGAAAGUGGAAGAUACUGAAGAAGCUGUUGAAAUUCUGGCAUGAUCAGGGUAACAACAAAGUCUUGGUAUUUUCACACAGCGUUCGCCUGCUCAAAAUGCUUCAAAAUCUGUUCAUUAGCACAAAGUACAACGUUACUUACCUUGACGGCGAGAUGGCGUAUGAGGCCCGCUAUGCAGCUGUCAAUGAGUUCAACACUGAUCCUUCACAAUUCGUCUUUUUGAUCAGCACGAAAGCUGGAGGUGUUGGACUCAAUAUCACUGCUGCCAAUAAAGUCGUUGUAGUAGAUCCUAAUUGGAAUCCAAGCUACGACCUGCAGGCACAAGAUCGUGCAUACAGAUUUGGCCAGAAACGGGACGUGGAAGUUUUUCGCCUGAUAAGCCAGGGCACUCUAGAGGAAAUCAUAUAUGCCCGUCAAAUUUACAAGCAGCAACAAGCUAAUAUUGGAUACAACGCCACAUCCGAGCGAAGAUACUUCCAAGGUGUUCAAGACCGCAAAGACCAGAAAGGCGAAAUAUUUGGCCUCAAAAACCUUUUUGCGUAUCAGAACGAGCACACUGUUCUUCGAGAUAUUGUAAACAAAACAAACGUUGCGGAAUCCAAGGCCAACGUUCGUGUUGCUGCUGGUAAUCUCCACCAAGCAGAAGAAGCGGACUCUCAAGGCGAUGAGAAUGUUGAGGAGGAAGACACUUUGGACGAUCGCAUCAAACGAGAGGAAGCUGCUGAGCGUGCAGCAAUGGCUGAACUUGAGGCAGAGAUCACGGGCGAAGCUGUUAAGCGACGAUCGAACUCUAAAGCGCCGUUUCAGCCCGAUGAGACUGCUGUGCAUAAACAUGACCCCAUUAGAGCAAUACUGUCCUCUGUGGGUGUUUCUUAUACACAUGAGAAUAGCGAAGUUAUAGGCUCUUCGAAAGUUGAAGCCUUUUUGUCAAAGCGGGCGGCAGAAGCUGCCGAGACUAAUCAAAGAUGGGGUACACAAGAACAAUUGGCCAAAGUCUUUCAAGACGAAUCGCAAUCUCAGUCAGACAGCUUUGUUUACAAGUUAAACAACUACCCAGAUGGCGUUGUUACCCCGGACAGUGGAAGACGAUACAUUUACCACCCACCGGAAUCAGUGAUGAAGCGCCAAUUCUGCAGCAUGGCCAGGUGGGCUGGCCACGGGAACGACGUGGUGAGCUUCGCUUUGCGCGUGGAGAAUUGGACACAGGCGCAGAGAAGGGAGUGCCUUGACCGAUUUUACCACUAUCGAAGAGAUUUUUUGGAUGGUCUGGUGAAGGAAGAUGUCGAGAUCAAACCUGAAGUCAGACCGGAGGUGAAAGAAGAGCCUCUAGGGAAGACUGAAGUCAAAGAAGAAAUCGGGGGGCAGCCCAGGAUGAAGCAUGAGGUGGUAAAUGACAGUGAUGUGGAAACUGCAAGUGAGGAUGAAGACGAUGAGCUGUGA